CCAGGGAAUGUCCCUUCGAACAUCCAAACGAACUCGUAGCUUAGUGGUCCAGAUCCGUAUGAACAAGCAAAGCUACUCGUUAUUGAGUUGCCUCAUUGUCAAGGAUCUUUGCUGUAGCAUGACGCCCGCUCAGUUUUGUUAAGGAUGUAUCUCACUCUUGCUUUUCUCAAAUAGUAGACACCAUCCGUUCUAUGGCGUACAAGUUCACUUCUAUAGUGGUAAGUCUUGAAGUCUUCGCUAAAGCCUAGAGGACCGUUCAAAAUGUAUCUCCAGACCUACCUUAUUGCUAUUAUCACUUACUUCGGAUUUCCAUCCUUUCAUGGAUCUCAACAACCCUCGUUGCAAUACCCAUUGCAGCUCGAUAAUGCAGAUCUUACGCCGCCUGCUCCCAAAGACCUCUCUUUCAUACCCCCUGGUGCCGCGGAAGAGACCCUUGGCGAGCCUUUUAGGUGUCAGUAUCCUUCCAUGGCAGCUGAUUAUACCUACAACCCUACGCCGGAGAACCGAAGCAUCUGGCUCAAGCAUCGGACCAAUUCUUCGCUGGACUUUGACAUAAACACGGACUAUGAAACGAGAUGGCCUGCUGGGAUUGAACGCAAAUACAUCCUCACAGUGGGCGAACGAUCGUUGAACCUGGAUGGAAUUGAAUUCCCCUACGCCAAGGUCUUCAAUAAUAGCUAUCCUGGGCCUUGGAUCCAAGCAUGCUGGGGUGACUGGAUAAACAUCACCGUCAAAAACAAUCUCAGGAGAAACGGGACCGCAAUCCAUAUGCACGGACUCCGGAUGCUAAGCAAUGGUCUCAUGGAUGGUGUGCCUGGGGUAACUCAAUGUCCCAUCGCACCUGGAGACACCUUCAACUAUAUGUUCAAUACAACCCAGUAUGGCACAACAUGGUACCAUAGUCACUACAGUCUUCAGUAUUCUGAUGGCGUGUUGGGUCCAUUGACCAUCCACGGACCGACAUCGGCAAACUUCGACAAAGCCAUUGAUCCCAUCAUCUUCACGGACCACAACCACCAAAGCGCCUUCCAGUUGUACUAUCAAGAGCAGUUUGCGAACAAUUCGACCCGAGUUCCACCGAAGCAGACGAGUAUCCUGCUUAAUGGACAUGGAAGCUAUGCUGGUUCUUUUCCGGAGAGAAGAUACCACAAGAAGGUUCAACCUGGCAAAAAAUAUAUUCUCAGACUUAUCAAUGGGUCAACCGAUACGACCUUUAUCUUCAGCAUUGAUGGUCACAACCUCACAGUGGUCGGCAUGGAUCUAGUACCGGUCCAACCCUACACGACAGACCAUAUAUAUGUUGGAAUAGGCCAGAGAUACCAUAUCCUCCUCGAGACCAAAACCGACUUCAGUGACUCCAUGAACAUGGCAUACUGGAUCCGAACCGAUCCCGCCACCGGGUGCCACAACUUCGAAACCAUCCCAGAUGCCAGACAGGGUAUCCUCUGGUAUGGAGGCAGCUCACAUCCACCGAUUCCGACAACGAACGCACACGCAUACAACAACACUUGCAGUGACAUGUUAGACUUGGUGCCGGUUGUCCCGUGGACAAUAGAAGAGCCACCUCCCAUCAUCCCAAUGGUACGAUACACCAUGGCACAGUCGUCUAUAGAGACAAUGAGCGUUACCAUUGGCCAAUGGAAUCUCUCAGCGGUGGGAGAUGACCCCGAGGUGACUGUCAACUUCUGGCAGUUCCUGAACGAUACUCUUUGGGUGAACUACGCGGAGCCAACAGUCAAUCACCUCGAUCCUCCAUAUAACAGUAGUGCUGUCAUCUACUUAGCUGCUGAGGCUCAGCCCGCGCAGACCACAUGGAAUUACAUGCUGAUAAUCGGUGGUAACAUCGUCGCUACGCCCCCAGUAACUGGAGGCAAUUUGGCACCCAACGCACAUCCAAUCCAUCUCCACGGCCACGACUUCGCCGUCCUACAAUACUCCACCGACAAGUACAACAGCAGCGAAGACCUAGACCUAAAUCUGGAGAACCCACGGCGUCGCGACGCCGUCCUUCUCCCACAGAAUGGCUUUAUUGUGAUUGCAUUCAAAACCGACAAUCCAGGCUCCUGGACUCUACAUUGCCAUAUUGCAUGGCAUGCUUCUGCGGGUUUGGCUUUCCAGGUCCUGGAAGAGCAGCCGGCUUUCAAGGCGGGUAUUGAAGACUCUACUGUUGCGAGAAUUCAAUUGGAUCGGACGUGUCAGAACUGGGAUGUUUGGUUUGCGAAUGCUUCGAAUCAUUGGAAUCCAAAUGGGAGAUUUCAGGAUGAUUCGGGGAUUUGAGGUCUGUGUUUGGGGAGGAUAAUUGUUGGGAGUCAAUAAACGUGACUGGUGCUAGCAGCAGCGAAAGCAACGUGGCUUCAUUUCUGUUGUCAGAGUUGUGCUAUAGUAGUACGUUCUGGUGAUGGCAAUAUUAUAGUAGUAUCUUGUUCUUGAAUAUUUUUGAUGAAGCAACACGGACGGUGGUAGUAAUAGGGGGCUCAAGAUAUAUAUUCAACCUGCACAAAUCAAAUACAUUGCCAGAUGGCUACUAGUAGUCUUUAUCACUCGUACUGGCCAUCUCCA